GCGCCAGCCGCCAGCCCGUCCAGUCGGUGGAUAGACGUCGCCGCGGCAAGACGCAGUGACAAGCGCCACGCUCCGGCCCGCGAGAGUCGCGCAUCGGACGGCAGCGGUGGACCUAACAACACGGUGGUGGACCCGCACCCUUCGACGCAGUCCUGGCCUGUCCUGGCCAGCCACCCGACGACAUGAGGCGGCCGUCCUCGUGAGCACUCGGAGGAGGCCGCCCCCGGCCUGCCCCCGGCCCGCCCCCAUGCAGCUGGGCCAUGCAGCCGCCCCCAGCGCGGGGGGGCUUGGCCACUCGUGACAGUGGCGGGAAGGCCCACCCGGCUGCCCGGGGAGGCUCUCCUCUCCUUAGGCUCCGACCAAAGGGCGAGUGACGCGCCGUGAGAGUGAGAGUGAGAUAGGCCCCCAUGGCCCCCAGUGAGCGGCUGUGAAGUGCACCAGUGAUCCUGAUACGGGAGGCCAACACCCUGGGCCCGCGCCCGCGUCCCCCCGCCCGACCCGGCGGCCGCUCGUCUCCUCGCCGCCAGCGGUCCAGUGCCGUCGCAGAGCGGAGCCUGCGGAGCGGAGGAGACGAUCCGACGACAUGUCCCGCCGAGCACCGCCUCCUCCUCGGUAGUGCAGCGGGAUAGGAGGGGCGAGGUGACAACGCGACAGCAGGACAGCAGCUAGACAACAUCAACAUCGACCGACAAGCAGCAGACAAACACAUUCGGGAUGUGCGCCACGCUCCACGUCCUGUGGAGCCUCAUCUACAUCACGUGCGGCGCCGUGCAGCUGGUGGUGGGGAUCUUCUUCCUCGUCGCCAAGUUCGAGGCGCCGUUUCUUCGCCUCGGCUCCAAUGUCCUCGCCGGCGGAUGGAACGUGGUGGUGGGGGUGACGGGCGCGCUGGUGGCGUGCGUGGGGCCCAUGUCGUCCCCAGGGCGGCAUGAGGCCCUGCUCUACAUGGCCGUCAGCGUGCUUGCCAUGAACGCCGUCAACUUGGCCGUGCUGGAGAUCGUCGAGUGGAAGAUGCUGUGGACAGAGGAACACCAGGAGGUCGCCGAGCGCACCAAGCUCACUGAGUUUCUCAUGUAUGCGCGGAUUGGCACGAGCGCCGCGGCGGCGGUGGCCAUGCUCGUCUCGUUCCUGGACUCCCAGCUGACGUUCUGCUCGCUGCAGCACGCCGUGCGCAAGCGGCUGUCACGCCGCCGGUCGUCCAAGGGCGCCCACGGGCACCACGGCCACCACGGGCACGGGCACCACGGGCACCAUCACGACCACCCCGUUGACAGCGAGUACAUCAUCCUGCCCCGUGUUCGGCCGUCCACCAAGGGCGGCUACGAACAGUACACGCGCUCCUGGGUGUUCGACGUGGACGGCAACGGCGCCAGCGGGGGUGGUGGCGGUGGGGGUGGCGGCAACUCUGCGCGCUACCAGCAGCUGGACAGCCACAGCCACGCCGACAAGUGCAGGGACGCGGCGGCCGCCGCCGUGGCCGCGGCCGAGGGCCGCUCCGUGUCGAGCCGGUCGUCGACGCAGCGCGGCGACACGUACACCGUGGCGGACGCCAAGGCGCUGAGGGCCGCCAUCGCCAACGGGGGGCCGCCGCCGGACUCGUCGCCCGCGCCGUCGGGGCCCAGCGGCAGCAAGCAGUACAACCGGCAGCAGAAGCACAAGGAGCUGAUGCGCGAGCGGGAGCACCAGAAGCAGCUCCGCGAGCAGCAGCACUACCAGCAGCGCAGCAGCAAGGACGCGCGGCCGCGGCCGACGUCCACCAGUUCGGCGGCCAGCUCGGGCACGGGUGGGGCCUCGCCGGCCUCCUCCAGCCGUCAGCAGCAGCAGCACCAGCACCGCCAGCAGCAGCAGCAGCAGCCCGUCAUAGAGGAGAGCCCCCCUAGCGGCACGAGCCCGGACAGCCCCGCCGUGGACAGCGCCGAGAGCCGGAGCCCGGACAGCGGCGAGCAGGCUGAGCAGGACGGGGGCCUCGGCACAGCCCUCGGCACGGCCCACGGCCUCGGCCCGUCCCUGCGCCAGGGGUCGGCUCGCAUGAGGCCGCUGAGGAUCGUGAUUGACGCGGGCUCGAGCGACCCCGUCGCUUCGCGGCAGUGCGUCUUCCUGCAGACGUUCUCUCGCACGCCAUCGCCGGGCGCGUCCCCGGCGCACUCGCCCUGCCCGCCCAGGCCGUCGGCGCCGGUCCCGGGUCAGGUGCCUGCCAUGCUGGGCUUCGCCCAGUUCUCCGGGCGCGGCCAGGAGCCCAACAGGGAGGGCGAGGACCCCCCGCUCAACGAGUGCCUGGACCGCUUGGCCCGGGGCCCGGUGCGCCGGCCCAGUGUCCAAGACCACGCCUCGCCCAGGACGUCGCCCACGUCGUCCUCGCGGCCCGCGCGCCCGCUCAGCGCCGGCUCUGGCAACGGGGCCUGCUCCGAACAGGUAGACGCCGUCGGCUACCACUCGCUGAUGAGCGAGCUGACGCAGGUGAUUCGCAAGAAGCCCAGCCCGAAGGACGACACGUCGUCCGCCGACUUCAACCGCCAGCUGGAGGCGGCGCUCCAGGACAUCCACGACCUGGACUCAUCGACGGGGGGCACGCUGGUCAACGCGUCCUCGGCGGCCAGCAGCUCGGCGCCGCCCCCGCCCGCCCCCGACUGGGGCGACAGUGACGACGAGAGCAGCGCGUCCAGCAGGACCGUCGGUAAGCGGCGCUCCCACCCACGGCUGGGCCGUGCCUUCGCGAUCCCCGUGCCGCCCCCCGUGCCGCCCCCGCACGCGGAUGGCACCGGCACCCUCCGGGGCACCCUGCGCGCCACGCGGACGGGCACCCUGACCAACACCCUGCGCCGCCAGUGGGACCGAGAGCUGCAGCAACUGCAGCAGCAGCGGGAUAGCGCCCCGUCGGCCCCGUCCCCAGAGCCACCGCCUCCGCCGCCCCUGCCCCUGCCGGCGCCCUCGGAGGCCUGCGAAGCGCCCCUGCCCCAGGCAGCGUUCCAGCUGCAGUCUCCAGUGCGGAGCAAGACGGUUGUGACAAUCUAUGACGGUGACAUGGUCGUGAGGGAGAUGAACAAUAACGACAUUGUGUUUCUGCCCGUGGCGCUCCCCCUGCCCCCGGAGCUCGACGAACUCCCCCCGGCUCCUCCAGCCAUCCUCCUGAAUGGCUCCAGGGAGCUGCCGCCACCGGUGUCCUCCCCGUCCCCCUCUCCACCCCCGUCCCCGUCCCCGACCUCCAGCCCCCUCCCUUCCGCCUCCCACCUGGGGGAUGAACCUGAGCAGGUGAGCCAGGGCUGCUCGAUGGGCAGCGUGGGCCGCCUGGGUGGGCUCUCCCUGCUGCGCAAGGGGCGCAGCCGCAACAGGAGAUCCAGUAGCGGGUGCGGCGUCCGGCUCAGCCAGGAGCUGCAAGGAGCGGUGCUCCAGUCCGAGAGUCUAGUGUUUUUAACCGACAGCGAGUUGGUGGCCCGACACGAGAGAAACCGGCGCGUCCAGCGGGAAAUUGAGCAACGAGUCCAGCAGCAGAUAUCAGGACACUCUGGAAGUGACUCUCUUUGUUAGGUGGGGUGCACACCCUUCAGACACUCAAAGUGACUCCCUCUGUUAGGGUCCCCCUCUACAGAAGAUUCGGUGCCAUAUCCCUCAUGCUAGUCCAUGUUAAUUAUGUGUGGAUUUAUUCUCUUCCAUGCAUGAAUAUUUCUCUUCAUUAAUUUUACAAUCUGCCAAAAAUUAAAUUAGAUACAUCAGUAUUAAAAGUGUGAGGCUUCCCUCAGAAGACUGAACUCAAAAGCUUCCUCACUAUACUGAUGUUUAUAAUCCUCUACAACUGUCAGUUGCAGAAUUCAGGUUGUGUUCAUUUGAGAACUGUUUAUUUUCAAGCUAAUAUUGUUUUCAAAUUAUAUAUGUCUCUUAAAAGUCGAUACACCAGAACAAAAAUUAUAUGGAGAGUAGACAGUGGUGAUACAGUUUUGUCCAGUUUUUAACUUUGUUUUGUUUAUAUCGGGAUCAGGUUUGUUAAAGGUGGAAUUAUUUGGAUUGAACAAAUACAUUGAAAAUAUUAAAGAGUAGGUGUUGUUUGGUUUAUGGAGAUGUCUCCACUAAUUAAAGACUAUAAACUGUGCCUAUUUAUGAAUUUGCAAAAGUCAAAAUUGGACAGUUUUCCUGUGAAAGGAAGGUCAAAGAACUGUUCCAAAGACAUUAGUACUAAAAUUUGAUAAUGUGUACAUAUUUGGAUUUUCAACAUCCAAAGAUAAAGUAAUAUUGAUAGAUAUACUGUUAGGUUGGGGCAACUCUUGGAGGCACUCUAAAGCUAUAUUGGAGAGACAAACAGUUCAUUUUGGCAAAGGAUAUUUUCCUCACUUAACUUUGUAGUUAACAGCAAUUCAAGAAACGUCAACAAAGUUAAAAAGUUGUGGAAAUGAAACUCAGUUGUUUGUUAUCUGAAAAAUCCUUUUUGUCAUUAACGAGACAUGAUGUGAAAUUAUAAUAGUGAAGUAAGCGGCGGUGAGGAGGGGCCAAAAAGUGGAGUGUUCUAAAUAUUUAAACAAAAGAGCAUUGUGAUACCUGCUAGUCUCCACAUGUUAGCAAUUACCUAUUGCCUCAAAUGUUAAACUGUAAUUGCCUGAAAGUGGUGAAAAUUGUUAUGAAUUCAUUGAUUAAAUUAUGUGUGUUAUUCCUUAACUGAUUAUUUUUACUAUUGGUAAUUCAAGAUCUAUCUCUGCACCAGUACACACCAAUAAACAUUAAUGAAGCAUGUUUCCCUCACUUCAGCUCUCAUCUGAGGUGAUGAAUUUUACUCUCUCAUUGUUACUCAGUACUUGAGAAAUAUUGUGUUUUCAGUAUAAAGAUUUGAGUCAUUAAUAUGCGAUAUUGUAAGCAUUUCUUUCCUGCAGCUUCCGUGGUUUUACAUGUGAAUGUGCCAAUUCCAAUGAUGUACAUAUAUAUAAUAUAUAUUUAAAAAAACAAUUAUUAAAUCAAGCUAGAUUUUUUUA